GCCAGUGUGCUUUUCCACUGAAUUUUGAUACAAAGUGGAAGGCAAUAAAAAAGGUUUAAAUAAAUUACUCAGCAAACAAUUGACGAAGUAGUUGCGCGUUUUGGCAUAUAUAAAAUAAAAGUGGUCAAGUAUAAAUAAUUCUUUCACAGUUCUUAAGUUGUGCGGUUGUGUUUUUUCGUAUUCGUACAACAUUGUGCAAGUCAAAGUAUAUAUUACAAUAAGAAUUGUUGUUAACUUGUUUCGACAAGAAAAUACGAUUAUAGAAGGCGGAAGAAAUUCUCUGAAAGAAAAGCUACAAGCGAUUUUAUAAUAAAAAGAAAAUUCUUGCAGAAAUCGAAAAAUCAAUUAGUGUGAAAAGCGGCUGUUGCAUUCGGUAAAAAAAGAAAGAAAGACAAGAAAAUGAGUGAAAAAGUGAGUCAAGCGCUGCACAAUGGAAUCAACAACGCCCAGGUGGCGACCGGCGAAGGGCCUAGUAAUAGUAACGGCCAAAGUCAAGAUCAGCAACAGCAAACAACUGACCAACCUCCGGUUGAGAAAAAAGAAGUGCGCGUCUGGUGCGAUGGAUGCUAUGACAUGGUGCAUUUCGGUCACGCCAAUUCCCUGCGACAAGCCAAAGCACUCGGUGACAAAGUCAUUGUUGGCAUACACACCGACGAGGAGAUCGCAAAACACAAAGGACCACCAGUCUUUACGGAGGAGGAACGCGUUAAAAUGGUCAAGGGCAUCAAAUGGGUGGAUGAGGUGGUGCUAGGCGCGCCCUAUGUGACAACACUCGAGGUGCUGGAUGAAUACAACUGUGAUUUUUGUGUGCAUGGCGAUGACAUCACAAUGACCGCUGAGGGUGUGGACACCUAUCAUCUCGUAAAGGCUGCCAAGCGUUACGAGGAAGUGCGUCGCACGGCCGGCGUUUCAACAACAGAUUUGGUGGGGCGCAUGUUGCUGCUGACGCGCAAUCACUUCCACCAAGGUUCGGCAGAAUAUGCCAUUGAGAAAGAAGACUUAAUUACAAAAGUACAAAAAAAUAAAUUAUCAUCAGGUUCAUCGAAUAUGGGACAAGACUCGUCAGCGAAGAGCCCCUGGACGGGAUGCAGCCAAUUUUUGCCUACCACACAGAAAAUCAUACAAUUCAGCGAUGGCAAACCACCAAAGCCAAAUGAUAAAAUUGUUUAUGUGGCUGGCGCUUUUGACCUAUUUCAUGUGGGCCAUUUAGAUUUCCUGGAGAAGGCCAAAGAAUUAGGUGAUUUCUUGAUUGUCGGCCUGCAUACAGAUCCAGUGGUGAACUCCUAUAAGGGCAGCAAUUAUCCCAUCAUGAAUUUACAUGAACGCGUGCUAAGUGUGCUGGCGUGUAAGUACGUGAACGAAGUGGUCAUCGGCGCACCUUAUUGUGUCACUGAAGAUCUGCUCGAUCACUUCAAAAUCGACGUCGUUUGCCAUGGCCAAACACCGAUUACGCUGGAGAAUGGCAAAAUCGAUCCUUACGCAGUACCAAAAACACGCGGCAUCUUUACACUCAUCGAUUCUAAAAAUUCAAUGACAACAGAACUAAUUGUGGAACGUAUUAUUUCACAUCGACUCGAAUAUGAACGCCGUAAUAAAGCCAAAGAGAAGAAAGAGAGUGAGGCCUAUGAAGCGCUGCAGCGAGCCAAGCAAACACAGAAAGCCGGCUAGGAUUCGGAAACCGCACCGCGUUGGGUCGGAGGCCAAUUGAAGGAUGCGUGUGUCGUCGUCUGAAAGCAAAUGUCUGCAAGUUGCCUGCUACUUGCUAUUAUAGUCUAAGUCUAAGUCUAAGCACUAGAUAAAGCUAAAGCCCAAUUACAUAGUUAAUAAUGAAAUGAAAAGACAAGUAUGAAUGCGCUAGACCCGGGCGGUGGUAACGAGUAUAUGAAUCGCUGCAGCACCUUUAGCUACAACAAUUUUUUGUUGAACCCCCCCCCCCCGUACAUAUUUUUUUAAGUUUUAUGUUUGUAGUGUGUCUUUUUAAAGUUAUGUUCAUUUUUCUUACCUGAUAUUUUGCUGCACUUUUUCUGUGUGUGUAUGCAUGAUGGGAAUGUACACUGUGGGUACAAAUUAUAGUAUAGUAGUGAUAUUUGGAGUUGAUCGGGCGGAUUUAUUUUUGUAAAUUUUAAUUUUGCAACCUAUUUCUCGAUGAUGGCUUAGCACACAUACAACAUAUACAAAAAUACAAAUAAGCUGUGAAUGCAGUAAUUUAAUAUUUAUAUACAAAACUUAGUUUAUAUAUGUAAAAAUAUUUUAGAGUAUACCAAAUAUACCAUGAAAAUAUGAAAAUAUUUGCUAGCUUCAGUUACCGAUGUCGGUUGACACACACACACACACUCACACAUAUAAAAUGUAUAGAUAUAAUUAGAAAAAUCGCAAGUGUAAAAUUAACUAAUAUAAAUUUUAAAUGCAAUUGCUUGGGAAAUGUACGCGAAGACCAGGUUUCGUGCUGACGAGAUUUGUGCAUAGCAAAGAACACUAGAAAUACUUAUGUACGUACGUAUAUGGCUUGCAUUCAAGUCUCAUGCCAAAUAGUAGCAUUUUAACUUAAAAGCGCAGCAUAAAUACAUAUUUUUUAAUGCAAUAUUUAUUAAAGGUGCAUGAAAAUACAUUUUCGAAGCGCAGUAGCUUGAGACUUUUGCGCAUGGGACUUCAAAAAUUCUCAUUCAAAACAUUUUAAUAUGUCAACUUUCUUCCUACUGCAUAUACAUUUUUUUUACGCAACUAAACGAUUUUUAGACACUGCAUUUUUGCGCUUUUAUUUAAAAGGAAUUGACUGCGAAUGUGCGCUUUGCAAUUUUUAUUUUUUUGUUUUUUAUGUAUGUGCACAUUUAGUUUCUUUAGACAUUUUUUUGUGCUGCUUUAAUUACGUAUAUUGCAAAAAUCAAAAAGGCUUCAAAUCGAAAAAAUCAAAAAAAAAAAAAAAUUUAUUUUCAUAAUAUACUAAAUAUCACAUUAAAACCUCGAAUAAUUACAUACAUUGGCUGUAAAAGCAAUAUUUUUUGUAUUAGAAUUACUUUUUGUUUUUAAAAUUCACAAACUUAACUACUUCCUUGUGAAACUGUAUAUUUCUCUGUUACAAGUAUUGGUUUGUUUGUCUUUGUUUAUUCCAAAUUAAUUACAUUUUUGCCUUAGUUUUCUUUUAUAAGUUCGCAAUUUAUUUGAUAAUUAUAAUUAUUUCAUACAAAUAAUAUAAAAUAUAGCUUAAAUUGAAUGUUGAAACCAAAAUAACGCCAAAUCAUACAGAAUUAUAAAGAAAUUCUUGGUCUGCCAUUAAAUAAAACAUUUGUGAAUUUUUUGUCGAUUAUAGU